AUGAGGCAGAGCAAAGUGUUCGAUACGAUGUUCUCCAACAACUUUGCAGAGUUCUCUCAAUCUCGCGAAUUUCAAGUGGGUCGGAUCGAUGGGAAAACUUUUGAAAAAGUUUUGGAAUGGUGCACGGAGCAUAAGGGUAAGUAUUUCAUGUAUUUCCUUGGUAUUUAGGACAAAGUGUUGACUCAGAGAGGAGAGUUGAAAAUACGUAAACUCUAUAAAGUUUUUUUCGAGAUUUUGAAACCCUUUCUGGGUGGUUUAUGUUUUUAUUUACCUAAUGUUUGGUCAAGAAAAGAUUUUGGGUUCUGAAGUCUGGCCCCGCCGUGGGCUAAACAACUAGUCUUGUUUCAGGACAACCAGAGCCCGAGAUCCAAGUGGAUCCUCACACACGAGAGCGAAGAUGGUUCAGCUAUACCGAGUUCCAGAAGAAGUUCUUCGAGCAGCCCAUUGAAGAUCUUGAGCAGGUUCUGUUGGCCGCCACUUAUCUCGACAUCCCUUCAUUGUACAUCUACACUUGCCAAGCCGUUGCUGGAAUGCUAAAAGGACGAACACCGGAGGAGAUUCGAGCUUUGCUGGGACUGCCCGACGAUCUGACAGAGGAGGAAAAGCGAAACAUUCGACAGCAAAAUGUUUGGUCCAGCGAAUGA